AUGAAAGUGGGACCCCAGGCCCGAUCCGAGGCCGAAACGGUAGGAGUUUGCGAAUCCCCCCACACCACUGCACGCGAGGCUCACCUUGGCAUUUACAUGCUGUACAACAACAACAGCAACAACAACACAAGAGAAUCGCAAUUACAGGGUAAGCUUGAUUUGACUGCAAGUCGACUAUAUCACGCUAUCACCGCCGAGCAAGCAUGGCAUGCGCCCAAGCAUGCUGUUUCGUGCAGACCCACUUCGAAGAAGGCGACAUGGCAUCCGGGCCCCGCCGUCGGUUUGGCCUGCGAUGAAGCACGACAGCUUGCCACUUUCGGACGGCCGAACUUCCGAUGCCCGAACUUCCGACGUACGAUCCCAUCUAGACAUAACCAGUGGGAAUCCAAGAGAAAAAGGCUCCUAGAACGGACGGCAUCCUUUCGAUGCGUCGAGAAACUAAUACUGCGGAAAUUGCCCGAUGGCCAGAAGAAUCUCGUCUUCGGCUAUUACUGCAUCGGGUCGGGCGACAAGAUGAAUGCCAGUCAAGUGAACUUACUCGGCAAGGAAGCGAGGCCAACGAUAACCUGUAUAGUGGAUAAACAAGAAAACUCUGCGCAGGCCAGUACGGUUCCUGUUCACUCAUAUACAACCGAGACGGAGAUUAGUCUUCGGGUGCAGGUCGCGGAUUUCCUUGGCCUGGACGGGGGGUCCAAGAAGCACAUUUCGCCGUAG